AUGAACACAUUUACCCUCGAGGAGGAACCACUGCAGCAGGUAAAUGCGGAGAAUAUUGCGGAGACAGUCAUCAGCAGCAGUGACACAACAGGCCUACUCUCCACGGUCUCACACCAAUCCACUCAGCCAAUGCAAGAGAAGUCACUACAGCAGGCGAAUGCGGAGAACACUGCGGAGAAACCAAGCGGCAACAAGGCCCCCAGCACCAAGCACGGUUCCAUAUCAAAUCAUCACUCAACAAGCGGAGAACACCACUGCAACUUAGCCUAUCAUCCCCACUGCAUUGAGGAGCAAGAGGAGGAACUACAACAGGCAAAUGCGGAGAACACUGCGGAGAAACUAAGCGGCAAUAAGGCCACCAUCGUCAAGAACACGGCUCAGCUCUCCAAGAUCCCACCUCAUAUGCUCUCCACGGUUCCACAUCAAAUCAUCACUCCGGAACGAUGCAUAUUUGGACGAAUUGAAACCGUCCGAUGUCUUGCUCUGACAGCUAUUUCAUUAUUCGAAAGAUUUCACUGCGGCAGGAGAUAA